AUGAAUAGAUUGUUAUUGGUCGUAAGACCAUUGACAAGAACUACAUUCAUAAGACAAUCGACAACAUGUCUCAUCAAACCAAGUAAUGAUGUCAUUGCCAGGCAUUACACUUCAACCUCAUCAACGUCAUCAAAGAGUAAUGAUAAUAAUAAUAAUAAGAAGAAGUUAGAAUAUGGAGAUGUAGAGGAUUAUGAUGUUGAUGAUAAUGAUCAACAGAAUAAGAAGAAACAACAACAUCAACAACAAUUCAAAGCAAAGUUAAGAUCUGAAUCAAAGAAGGAGGAGAAGGAGAAGACGACGAGGAAGACAAGAUAUAGAAGUCCUCCUCGUGAGAUGGAGACAUGGCUAAAGGGACAUAUGAAGAAGUUCUUGGUCAAGGUGCAUCCCGAUGUCUUGCACGAUAAGCCUGAUCUUGCCAACACCAAUCAGAGGUCAUUGACGUUGCUCAACAAUCUGCUGCGCAAUAGAGAUGCCUAUAUACGCGUUCACGAAGGCAGCACCACCGAGAUGAAGCUGGAGGCCAUCCCCACGACCAUCUCCCUCUCCUUCCAUCAUCAGACCACGACGCCUGGCCAGAUUGUUCAAAUUGGCCACUUUGAACACGAGAUGACGUUUGACGUGCAGCCGCUCGAUCUGGCCUCGUCCAAGUCGGCGUUGGCCGACUACGUCCUCAAACUGCGGCUGGACAUCUACGCACAGAUGUUUGCCGUCUUUCAAAAAGCCGACAUCACCAUCCCACCGCACGAGCUCCAGGAGUUGGCCCAGCUGCUGCGCCCCGAGGACGAGGGCGACGCCGCCACCGAGUCGUUCGACGACCCCUGGGACGAGACCUUUGAGUCGUCCAUCCAGGAAGGCGAGGACGGUCUCAGCAUCACUCAGCUGAUGGACGAGUUUAUCAUGCAGAAUAAUGUGACGACGAGUCGUAUCACUGCUGAGCUCAGUCUGGAGCAGUCGACUCUGCUUCAGCUGUUCAACGAGAACAAGAUAUUCUUUUAUUAUGGCGAGCAGAUCAAGGGCGAUAUGAAUGUGAUGCGAUCACUUGGUAAGCGUCGUGACGCUGAGCUACAGAUACUUCAUCUCAAGGGCAAUCUGGAGCAAUUGGAGUUUAGUUCAUGGCAUCAACUACCGAUACUGAUUGCGAUGCCUCAGUAUGUUGAUCAACUUCGUCAAUCACUGGCCACCAGUAACUUUGUAGUGUUGCCACGUGACUUUGAUCCAGUGGAAACACUAUCAUACAUCAAGGAGGAGGUACCAGAUAUGGUGGAAGGCUUCAAGGCUCUAUACUCAGUUUCAAAGAACAACCUAUCAAUCCUGGAACGAUCAGCUGAUGAACUUAAAAGUUUGUUGGGUGCGAACAGUGUAACAGUGGAGAACCUUUACUCAAUGAAUCAGAGGACGAUGAAGAGUUCAAAGCUCAAGUUCUCAAAGGCAAGGGCUGCUCUCGAUCAAAUGGGUAUCCCAGUUACCAAACUGAUAGAGGAGGUGCGAGCUCAACAAUGGACUUCAUUGCCCGAGACAAAGUUGGGUCAAGUCCCUGGACGACUCAAAUUAUCAGGUGCCAAGCUACACGACUUGAAUGCAUUGAUUGCUCAAUACGGCGGCCGCCAAUCAGCGCCGGACAAGAGCAAGUCUAGCGGCUCAGCAUCAACGCCACCGCCAUCACCAUCGACAUCAUCAGACUUGCAAGAACAACAGUAUGAUAACUUUCUCGACCUUAGAUACAAACCUCUGACAAUUGUCAACCCAAAUACGUUCAAUUAUUUGGAGUCUGCACCUCAUAUUGGAUCAGCAAUGGAGUGCAUCACCAAACUGAGAGAGAUGGUAAACACUGAACAUCGAGUGCCAAUGGCAUUCCCCGAUCCAAAUGUCGAUGAAUAUGAGCACGACGACAGCGAUGGCAAUGGAAGUUCAGCAUAUCUUAGACAUCGCAAACCGACUGAUCUCUUGGCGACCUCUGUGGACGCAGAUCACAACCCACAAACAAUGACUGUUGAUGUAGUGAGCAACUUCACAUUGCCAGUAUUUGGCAACAAUCCUGAACCAUCCGCCACAGCCCAAGAACAAGAACAAGAACAAAAACAAUCACACGUCAAGACAACUUCCAAACAACAAUCAUCAUCACGCCAACAACAACAACAACAACGACCAACAAUCAAGGAAACAAAGAUAGUAGCACAGCCAAAACAAAGACUUGCAGACUUUGGUUGGGCUAAUCUUCACUUGGUGCUCUCCGAUCAUUAUCAGUUCAUCAUGUCACCCGAGAAUGACAUGGCCUACAUUUACAUCCCAAUCAACUUCACAGAGACAGAGCUACUGCUCUUUCUGAACGCCAACUACAACAAGAUAUCAACGAUACAGAAGGAGUUCUAUGCGCCCGUGCUCGAGUCGACGGACCUCGUGCUCAAGAUGCAGCUGGUCGAGUCCAUGUUGCAAUCGAUCAAAGAGAGACACGCACUUUCCAGCGUUAAGAUUGAUGGCGCAAUCGUCAAGAAACUUCCACUACAGUACAAAGCUGUGAAGCAACUGCGUGCCAACAUGGCGUCAAUAUCCAAUGAGGAGGCCAAUGCACUUCGAGCCAUUGGACCAAACAUUGAUAUUAUCAUUGGUGCAAAGGAUGUGUUUGUCGAGUACCAUGAUCAAUCAAUGAAGCAAGCUACCAUCUACCUACCAUCCAAACUGGUCGACUCCAUUCCCUUUGGCCAACUAAUUGAUCAUAUCUACAAUGAAUCAGCAUACUUCCGACGUAUCCUCAGUGGUGUGCCCUACCAUCCAUCCGUCGAGGAUGAACAGGAGCUACAGGAAUAA